UACGUAUAGUUGCACUGUAAUUAUAGUGUAAUUACAUGUAGUAACACUAUAACUAUAGUGUAAUUACGGUAUAACUAUGUAAGUACACUUACAUGUCACAUCAACAGAAUUUACAAAUGUAAUUUUAGUUAUAUAGGACUGUAAGUUUAGUAAUUACACAUGUAAGUUUAGUAUUUGCACACUAUAAUUACACAUUGUGGGGGCAUUGUUGCUAUUUUUUGUUGCAUUGAGCCGAUAAACCUAGUGAAAAAGAUACUACAUCAUGUCAGGCUUAGAGUAAAAUAAAACUCCUACCUCAGGGGACGGGUACCGAACACCCGAUCUGACCCUACAUCACAGCCUCAGUACAGAUCUAUACGUAAUCCAACGGAUGAAAAUCUGACAAAUUUUGACCGAGAAAUCUGUCGCCAGAUGCCUAGCAAAUUCGUUCAGAUUCGUUUGAACAGACCGAAAACCAGGCCCAUAUACAUUUAUGGGCCCAUCCAAACAUGGUUAUCCAGGAUGGGCCAGUAUUUAGCCCACGCCAAACACGGCCGCACUCCAGAAAAUUUCCCAUUUUAUUCUUUCUUUUUUCUCACUUUUGCCUCGAAACAAAAACGCGGGAAACCGCCACGCUCCCGCGCAACCACCUCGACGAUGGAGCAAUGGCUGCCGCUGUUCCGCUACCUCCUCGCCUCUCCGGCCCCCAACGCCGCCGCCUUCUCCUCCUCCUCCUCCUCCUCCGGCGACGACGACGUGCACUGCCCCACCGCGCCUCCUCCUGCCGCGGCCCUCCUCUGCCUCCUCCUCUCCCCGGCGCCCACGCUCCCGGCCUCCGAUCCCCCCGCCAUCCUCUUCCAGACCCUGCCGCCGCUCGCCCAGUCGCAGGCGCUCUCCUUCCUCGCCUCCUCCGCCGGCCUCCUCGACCCGGCGCUCGUGCGCUCGCUCGCUACGCGCGUCCUCUCCGAGCCGUCUGGCAGGUACGGCCUCUGGGCCCGUCGCGGCGCCCGCCACCUGCUCGACGGAUUGCCGCAGGGAGGUGGCAUUGAUGCACCUGGGGAAUUUCUUGAUGGGUUCCACGAGCCGCCGCAGUGGCUUAAAGAAGCGGCGGCGAGGACACGUCCUGCACUUCCAUGGCUACCUCUUGAUCGGCACAGCGUCAAGGUUGGUGUUUGUAGCGGUCGGUAUGGUUUCGAUAGAGUUGGUUUGGAUUCCUUGGUGUUGGAGAAAGACGAGGAUUCGGAGAUGCAGGAGGCUAAGUGUGUUCCAUCUCCAUCACAACCGGCUGCUCUUGGGACUCUGUCCGUGCAGAGGGCGCUGGCUCUACAGAAGGAGAUUUUGAUGGCAGAAUCAAUUUUGGUAGCCCAGCGUGUGGCGAAAGAUUUGCAGCAGCUUUGUGUCGAGUCUGGGAAUGCUGAGGCUGUUCUUAGCAUAGUUCAACCAUGGAAAGCUGAUGAUGAUACUGUGAGGGUUCUGCUUUCCAGUUUAGUGCUCGACGGAGAUGGAAUGCAUAGAAAAGGCCCAGCGCUUAUGCUGUGUUCUCUUUUCUUGCCGAAGUUACUCGAAAUUCAAAGACCAGUUUCAUCAGUUCUUCUUUCUGCUGCAUUGGAUCUCUGCAAGCGCCACCCAGCUGCUGCACUGGAGGCUAUCCUUUUACCGCUGGUUCUUAGAAAGGAAGGGCUAAAUGUUCCUCAGUGCGAUGUGCUCACACGAAUUGUCAAGGAUUGCAUGCAUCCGUUGCAUGUCACUGCCUUCUGCCAUAGAUUGCUUUCAGGGGAUGAGAGAGAGUGGAGGCCAGUUUGUAUGCCUGAGCACCGGAGCAACAUCAGUAGUAAUUUGGUUUGGACAGAAUCCCUCUUUGCACUGUUGUACAGCAUACUGAAUCAAGACAUUUGCUUGACAUCAAGCAGCACCGAAAAUCUAGUGUCUGUGAUUGAUGAGAUGGCAUCAAAGCUCCCAAGAUCACUGAAAUUUGGUAAUUUUCUGCUCUGCUUCAUCUCGAAAUGUUGGCGCGUAUCUAAGAUUCACAGCGUUUUGCUAGAGAGAGCUGCUGAGAAAACUGACACUUUCCUGACUAAAGCUAUAUUAGCAAAACUGCGAACGGCAAAUUGAAAUGCUUCCUUAGAAACUUCAAAGGUGAACAUCUGAUGAAACUCACCGGACCAGCUCAGGAAUAUCAUGAAUGUUCGAUUCUGGCUGGUGACGAUACAUAAAACUGCACUCCCAGUCAACAUUUGAGACAACAUUAUCAGGACCUAGGUUCUUUGCCGUCUCAGAAUUGUAGAAGUUCUUCUCCAUGCUUUGCUCAUAGUGUUUGUUCACCAAUCCCUUGAUUUUGUACAUGAGAUCCUCGUUGAUCCCAUGGUUCUCAAGCUAACAUACAAAAGGAAUUCAUAUUAGUUGUGGUAGAAAGGAAUUCUUCUAUGAAGGCGACAAUAUUAUAUCUCUUGCUUACCCAAAAGAAACCCCAUUGAGCACAGGCAUCAUGGAGUAGCUGAAGUGUCUCUGACCUCUUCUCUCCAUGCAGCUCAUCCAUCUUUAUCACUGGGAUUUCCAUUUCCUGGAACACUGGAAUAUAGUGCUUCAACCAAA